AUGCUAGGAGAAGUAAAACAGGUAAUGUCUUAAUCAUGUACUUUUGGCCCAAACGAAAGUAAACGGUGUAUAAGCGCAUUUUUUUUGUCUGAAAUUCACUACCUUUUAUAUUAUUUUUUUUUCCUAAAAUGAAGGGUGGCUGAUCUCAUUUUUAAGCUUAUGAUAUGACCCCAACUCUAUGCUAGCUUUAGCUUGCUAAAUGAAGAGCUUGUGUUUCCGUUUAAUGGUCGCAGGUGUUGCGCCUGGUCAUGUCUGUGAGUAAGCAUAAACAACAGCAUGAUGUAAAGACAACAGGAGGGCUUUUGGUACUCCUGUGGGCUGACACACGAGAGGAUUCCUUACAGACCUGGAAGUGCACAGGUGAGACUCCACACCCCACCUGGUUCAUAUAAACUGACCUCCCUCUGUAGUGUCCUCAAGUUGGAUAUUUCAGUCUGUCAGAGAGGAGUGGUUCUCCAAGGAGAAAUCAGUCAUGCUCCAACUACUAUGAGAAAUAUUUACUCACACAGUGAUUAACUCUUUUAUCAUGUGGAAAAUUCUGAAGGCAUAUUUAAUGGGAAGUAACAGUGAAAUAUGGACUUAAUAAGUGAGUCGCCUUUUUUGUAAAUCAGAUUGGAAAAUAACUAACUGCAUUUACUGCCGUUAAUUUAAUUGAGUGUGUACAUGUGUUUUCUGAGUAGUUAUUAAAAUCAGUAAUAUUACUUUUAUUUAAUAAAAAAUAUACUAAAGCUAUAGGGGAGAGUGGGGUAAGAUGAGCCAUUUUUCAUAUUUUGGAUCACUACAUCAAGGCAAUCAUAGUUUUGUCUCUAACUAGUGUAUCUGCAUAUAUUUCAAGAUGUUGUGCAUCCCUGCAAACUAACAGAAUGAGUGUAAACAUAACUGUCUUGAUAUCAUAGCAUGCUGAAAAAAAGUGGUCUCCUAUGGUCAACUUACCCCGUGUAUGGAGAGGACAGUAACAAUCCUCUCUGCACAGCCAGCCAGAAAUCUGUCAAAUUGAACAUAGAAGAACACAGCCAUGCAAUGAAAAGUGCAUGAUUAGUUGCUCCCUUUGAGGCAAGAGUAGAGGUUAACAUAUCCUAAUUUUAGUCUCUUGUAAUUGUCAUGGAAUAUUAAGAUUGUGUUGUUUUUUCAUAGAACAAUGUAAUAUUGCUUGUAGCUGUUAUGACCUCCCCUUUAGACAAAGCAAAACAAAUGUCAUGAAUUGUCAUGACCAUGUUGGCAUUUGUGGCGCAGUUGCAGCUGCUGGUCCAUGGUGUGCAGGAAUUCAAAUAGAAGAUCUUGAACCUGGUAUGUACAUGCUCAAAACUAAUGUAUAAAACUUGAGCUUUGGAUCAACUAAAUCAGCUCUAUUUGCAUUCGCUUUUACAGAUUUGAAAGAGAGCAUGAUUCACUGUGACUGGUCAUGUCCACACCCUGACCCUGAGGAGCUGUGUGUCUUAACUGAAUUGUAUGGUACUCUCAGAUUGCUUCUCUCUUUUCAGGUAAAAUAAAUAGUGAAUCUCUAGAGGCACAGUUUAGGCCGAUAUAAUAAAACUGAUACUAAAACAGAGCAAUUGUCACAUUAACUGACAGUUGUAACAUUGGGUGUUUUGAAUAAAUAUUCCAAGACUUCUACCCAUGAAAACUUACAGUUUUUUUAAUGGAAAAAUAGUUUUAAAGAUAUUAAAAACCCAUUACUUAUUUUAAUCAAAUCAAAUUCAAAACAUCAUUCAUGUUGGAUUGUGGAAUGUAAGUGACUUAUUGUGUUUGUCUUGUGCAUUGUCCAGAUGACAGAUACAACUCUUAUUAGCUCUGACUGGUGUGCCCGAAUUGAAACAUUCCUACACUUAUUCAGUUUGACUAACGCAAGGGUAGGAUCUUUUUCUCUCUGAAAUAUAGCUGCCAGAUUAAUCUUCCAAAGUAGGAGCAAACAUUUGACCGGCUGUUUUUCAAUCACAGAUCACAAUAUACCUCAAGAUCAAACUCAAGCACAAGAGCUUCCAGAGAGAAUUCAGGUAUGCCUGCUAAUUAUAUUCACACAGCUCAGGCUAUUUUAAGGUAACUCUAGAAAGCUUUUCAUCCUUUGCAUGAUAAAACAAUUUCAGCUAAUUUUGAAAUGUUUUUUCUCUUGUAGAGGGAAGAUCAAGAGGAGAGUUUCAUGGGCAGGCCGACCACCAGCUGUCUUGGAUAUAACUUGUGUUACGCAGUCAGUAAUGAUAUGUUUGUUGUACUUGAGUUUUAGGUGCUUGGGUGGAUUUAAGUUGUCUUCACUUCAGUAAAGACAAAAUAGAGCCCAAAAAUUUAAGUAAUACUUGUCUUAUUUAGUUAAAAUAUAGAUGUUGAUAAGUAUAGUGGCAUUUAUAGUUUUUUUUUUUUUAAUCCUUGGGUAUAAAGGCCUCCAGAGUGGGUGAAGAAAGGAUGCUGGUGUCUUGGAGGUCACCCUGUCUGUGGUGGCCAAAUACCACUCAGUAUCCCACCUGAAGCUAUGAACCAAGGCCUGUUUGGGGAACUCAGUUUCCAGCCUGUCACACUCCUGAGCCCCUGUGUGCUGCAAUACCCACACCUGACAACACAGCUUACUCAUAUACGAAUAUCCUUUGUUGAUUUUGGUGAAAAGAAUUUCAUGUUGCUGAUAAGUCCAGAGUGUCUCUUGUGGUGGCCCCUCUUCUUUCUGCAGAGGACGUGGUUCAGCUCACAUCAUGAGACCAUGACGUGGCCUCCAGCUGAAUGUGAAAGCUGGGAUGAGGGUCAACACCUUCAGAUCUGUAGUCAUGGGACACAGCUGGAAAUGAGUGGAUUACUCCCUCUGGACCAUGGUGGAACUCAUCCUAUAAGGGAUAAUGUUAAAGUAUAUUAGGGGUUUGUUCACUAGUGAGGAAGAGCUGAAAACAACUGGAUCCUAAGACUUUUGGUUUGAUCACAUAAGAUAUCAAAUAUGUAAUGGUUGUUUAAAGUAGCCACAGUCGCCAUAGACACAGGGUUUGUGAAAGAGUUUGGUAGAUAGUUCUCAGAUUAAAAAUGUACUCGAGAGAAGUUUACGAAGAUGUUUGUGAAUGUUGUUAUGGAAAGUUACAGAAAUGGUCAGACAAACUGACAGUUGUGUGCAGAGGAAUGAAGUUUCCCAGCAGCCCAGAUGGAGCUCAUACUCAGGAGGUAAAUUUGUGCCAGGUCAGCUGUUUGGUUGAUUCUUUGAAGGACUGUUAUCCGUAAACACUGCACAGGGAACAGGACAAAGGGGGGCAAGGGUGUUUUAAAAUUGCACACACAUUAAAAUAAAAGCAAGAAGUUCUUAAGAGUAAAACACAAAUAUAGAUGCCAAUAAAGAAAAGCGGUAUGAGCUGAAGAACAGAAGAACGAAAAAGGAAAAAGCGGAAAAAUCUGGGGCAAGCUCAGAGCUGGACCACUGCUGCUUGGUGUUGACAUUUGUUUGGGUGAUUCAGGCAUCUAAAAUGUAUUAGUCCUUAACUUCUCUGGUUCAGAUUUUGGUAUACAGCCCUAGUAACGUCCCUGUCACAGGCCCCUCUAUCUUCCAGAACCUUCCUGCACAUCUGGACUGUCAGGAUCUGGGCCUGGACAGCCUUCACUGCUCCUCCUUCAAAGGUAGAAAACAGCCACAACACGCACACGCUGAUAGCAGUGAAACAUUUUUAAAGGAACUGUAAUGUCCAGUUGUCUUGGAUGCGACUUGGUUGAUCUUGAAGUUGGUCUGAAGUCAAGGACAGUUAAUCUCGUCUUGAAAAGAGACACCCUGAAACACUUAGUUUAUUACCUCUUCAUUAUGAGGCCAGAAUGGAAAAACACUAAUUCUAACCACCUGUCUUUGUUUAUCGGAGAAUAUACACACAGCCCUGUCCCGAGGCUUCCCAUAAAAUCUUUAAUGGAUCACAAAAGUUUGUUAUUUGAAUCUGAGGAAAACACUGAAAAAUAAAACCAAACACAACAAUAGCCACUCGGAGAAAACACUCCCAAAACCUUAGAGGGGUCAGCAGUUGCAGAGGAAGGACUCCAGCACUGCAAAUCUGGGCUCCAGUACUGAAAAGGCAUCUUCUUUGAAUUAUAUUCACAUGUAACCAAUCUGCACUAGUGGUUUAUGUUGAUUACAAACAUUUAGUCCCGAUGUAAAAAGUAGUGCAGCAUCCACAAGCAAACAGAUCUCACAGCAGAGAGCUGAGGUGUGGGAAAAUUCUCAGAUUGUCUUUGAGUUUGAUCCUGCUUUGGAGUUUACAUAGCUUUAUUUGUCAGGAUCAUACAGCUAUUCAACUUAACCCUAAUCAUAACAGAUUAAACUGUAUGGUCAGUUGCCACCAUACAGUCACACCUUUAAUUUCGCCUUAGAUUUCACUAUAAGAAAAUUGCUAACACUUGGCUGGGGUGAGCAACACUGAUGUCUUUUCAUGGAUGUUUAAAAAUGUUCGUCUUUGGCCACAUAAAACUUAGAGUUGUUAAGUUUUAAUCUCCAAAGUACCAGUUUGUGAAUGUAUGAAUGAAAAUAAUCAAAGUGGUUUCUCUUAUUAAAAUACCAGACAAACAGGGGGCUGACCAUAAGUAAAACAAUUUAAACUUUGUGAGUCCAGACAACAGUCAGCCUCUCUGAAAAUGACUCUUAUUCAAUGAAUUUACUCUUCGAUGUUGAAAUCAAUUUUCUUCAAGCAUUCAGAGAAGUGAACUCAAGACUAGCUUUAAAGUAAAAUCUUUUAUAAGCAUUUCUGACAAUGCUUUGCCCAAUAUGAAGCUCAGUCAUCACCUAAUAGUUAAUGCCACUGAUACUAAAACACAACAUGGUGUCCUUUGGUGGUAAAGAGCUGGACAGUUUCUUAAAAGUGUUUCUUGCAUAAUAGGCCUUUUUCCCUCAUAGACUACACAAUGAGUCACAACCAGAGCCUCAACCACUUUUCACACACUCUGUUCUGAAGUGUCUGCUUAUUCAUGCACAGGACACAAUAAGCGCCUUAGGCCCCAGAAUCCUCAUUAAUGAACAUAAUAGACCAGAGCGGACAGUAUUACACUAAGAGGAUGCUGUUACUACAUGUCCAGGAAAAGAGUUUGUAAACAAGAGCCAAAUCUUUGAACCUUAAUUGAUGACAAUUUUUAUUGCUAGAAUUACAAAAAAAGCCUUUCGAGCGAUGACUUGCCUCACCCAAAGGUUCAUCUGUCUUCUGUUUCCACAAUGUGACGCAAGUUUCUUGAUUUUGCAACCUACUGCUGUCCCAAUGUACCUUCAACCAGUGUGGACACGCAGAAUGUUUCCUGGCACAGUGGAAAGAAUCCCCUGUAAUCUUGCUCUCUCUUGGUCUUCUCUCUCAUUUCUGAUCUUCCACAAAAUCAUUCAACAUCCCCCGCAGAGCUUGUACACUGUGGUGAAACUGUGUACACAGUGAAACAAGAAAACUGUAAAGUUGAAGAGCGGGAAUCAGAUCUUCCCGCAGUGCAGCAGAGCCUCCUGCUUCUCCUCUUCCUGCAGCACAGUGACCCUUUCACCUGCCAGCUCUCUGAUAUCGUGGGUGAGGGGCAGUCUGUGUGUAUGAUUAAAAAAACUACAAUGAAGUGGAUUAUUAUGAUUUAUAGAUUAUACAGUAACUCCUCUGUGACUGUUGAUAUAUAACUCUUCAACAGCCAAUGAGGCACUGAUAGAGCACCACCUGGAGGAUAUUCUGAACAACAACAGGCAGGCAGUAACAACAGCCCUGCAGACUGAGCUGAGGAGCGCACUGAAAGCCCAAAAACACAGACAAAGGGUCAGUGUCUUUUAAUGUGAUGUUGUAGUUUUUCAUUAUUUUUAUUAUUUCUUCAAUUGUGUUUGGUGAUUUUCUUAUUAAUUAGCAUAAAAAUUCCCUAACAAAAGAUUUGUUGAUCAUUUUAUUGCACUGCUUUUUUUAUACAUGUUUAUAUAAUCAAGCAAAGAUUUUUUUAAAAAGCCAAUUGGGGCUCAUCAAAUAUAUGGACUUUGGGCUUUUCUCUUGACUUUUUACCACUUAAUCUAUGAAAAUGAUGCCUGUAAUUCAGCAAAACAACAAUUAAACACAACCAUGGGAUCCGAUUUAUGUGAUUAUUGUGUUUUUGUCUUUGUCAAACAUAUAUUUCUUAAUUGAAGGAGGAAAAAAUUAUCACAAUAAUGAAAAAUGGUUGUUUUGAUUCCUGAUAUUGUGUGUUCGUGUGUGUUUCCCCAGCAACAAGAAAAGCUUCGCUCAGCUUCUGCAGUGAUUGCCAGCGCAUCCAUCAGUAUUAUGAGAUGCAGCAGUAACAUGGACUUUCGAAAUGCCUGUUUGAACUGUAUGAAGGUAAGGGAGCGAGGAAUUUGGAAAAAAAUAUGUGUAAUGAUACCAAGGGUUGAAAGGGGAGACACAUUUUUAUGACUCAUAUUAUUCAUGUAAUGUUGAUAAUUUGUUUAUUUUUUUCAGUUAAUAAAAUUAUCAGCAGCACUUUACAAUUCAUCUGUUCCAUGCAAUGAGGGACUACACAUUUGUACAUUUCUGUUCAGGUGUGCAUCCAUAAUGUUUGUGUUUGUCAGGUGAGUGACACCCAUGAUUUAUCAACCUUGGUGUGUAAAACACUGAGGAGAGUCACGUCACUGAAAUUCGUCUCCAGGAGUGGAUGUUACACAGAUCAGGUUUGUGGGAUGUUUUUUUUACUUACAAACCAAUCUGUUACUGUAGAAGUGCCUAAGGUGCUUUAAAGAGUCUCUUAUUAAUUCAUAAUCUAAAAGUACUGUUUGUUUUAACAGAUGGAUGAACAUCUGGAGAGUGAUGAGCCGACGAGAACAGAAAUCUGA